AUGAUAAACUUUACUAGAUAUUUUGAUGAAGAUAAAUUAAUAUUUCAAAAUGAGUUAGAUAUUGAAAAAAAAAGUUUAGCAGAAUUUGAUGAUUGGCAUUUGAUAGAUAGAGAUUUCAUCUAUAAAAACACUACUUUAAAGCAAGCAUCAUUUACUACUUUAGAAAAUAAAAGUAUUAUUCAUUUUAUAAAUAGAAUGAAAAAACAAGGAAUAGAAGUACCUUCACCAAGAUUUUCAUAUUAUAUAAUAGCUAUUAAUUCGGAAACAGGCAUAUCAAAUCAAAUGGUAUUGGUUGAUCAUUUUGAUCCAAAUAAGUAUAAAAUUGAUAAAUAUCAUUAUUUAAAAGGUGAAAAACUUUUAAAAAAUUUGAUUAGUAAAUACACAAACGAUAUUAGUGUGAUAGAUAAUUUUAUUGGUGAAAAUACUAAAAAAGUUGAUAAAGAUGAGGAGGAUCCGUUUGAGAAUAAUUAA